GACCCAGAAUCCUGGGAACAUGGGCACCGGAGUCCCAGCCUCGGAGCAGACCUGCUGUGCCCAAAGGGAUCCCCAGGCGUAUUGCCUUGAAGACACUGGAGGCACGGAGACCAUAAAGGUGACGGACCGUGAGAGGCCCGCCGACGAUCCGCCCCCAAACGACGGGGUGGACUCAGGGCAACUGAUGGCUUCCUAUGAGGGUCAAGCGAAGGGUUACCAGGUGCCCCCCUUUGGCUGGCGCAUCUGCCUGGCUCACGAGUUUGCAGAGAAAAGAAAACCUUUCCAUGCCAACAACGUCUCGCUCAGCAACAUGAUAAAGCACCUGGGCAUGGGCUUGAGGUACUUCCGGUGGUGGUACCGGAAGACCCAGGUGGAGAAAAAGACGCCUUUCAUCGACCUCAUCAACUGUGUGCCCCUGAGACAGAUCUACGGUUGUCCCUUGGGUGGCAUCGGGGGAGGCACGAUCACCCGGGGCUGGAGAGGCCAGUUCUGUCGUUGGCAGCUUAAUCCUGGAAUGUACCAGCACCGAACCGUCAUUGCUGACCAAUUCACAGUGUGCUUGCGUCGGAGAGGGCAGACCGUGUACCAGCAGGUCCUGUCCGUGGAGCGGCCCCGUGUCCUGCGCAGCUGGAACUGGGGCCUGUGUGGGUUCUUCGCCUUCUACCACGCACUCUACCCCCGAGCCUGGACUGUCUAUCAGCUUCCUGGCCAGAGUGUCACCCUCACCUGCCGCCAGAUCACACCCAUCUUACCCCACGACUACCAGGACAGCAGCUUGCCUGUCGGAGUCUUUGUGUGGGACGUGGAAAAUGAAGGCGAUGAAGCCCUGGACGUGUCCAUCAUGUUCUCCAUGCGGAACGGACUUGGCGGGGGAGACGACAGCCCCGGGGGCUUGUGGAAUGAGCCCUUCUGUCUGCAGCGCGAUGGGGAGACUGUCCAGGGGCUGCUGCUACACCACCCCAGCCCCCCAAAUCCCUACACCAUGGCAGUAGCUGCGCGGCGCACGGCAGAUACCACGGUGACCCACGUCACAGCCUUUGACCCUGACGGCACUGGGCAGCAGGUGUGGCAGGAUCUACUUCAUGAUGGACAGCUGGACUCCCCCACUGGCCCAAGCGCCGCCUCACAGAAAGGCGUCGGCAUCGCGGGGGCUGUGUGCGCGUCGGGCAAGCUGCCGCCCAGAGGCCGCUGCCGCCUAGAGUUCUCGCUGGCUUGGGAUAUGCCCAAAAUCAUGUUUGGCUCCAAGGGCCAAGAACACUACAGGCGGUACACGAGGUUCUUCGGCCCAGACGGCGACGCUGCCCCCGCCCUCAGCCACUAUGCCCUGUGUCAUUACACAGCCUGGGAAGAGAAGAUCUCGGCGUGGCAGAGCCCAGUGCUGGACGACAGGUCCCUGCCUGCCUGGUACAAAUCAGCGCUGUUCAACGAGCUGUACUUCCUGGCGGACGGGGGCACAGUGUGGCUGGAAGUUCCCGAGGACUCCCUGCCCGAGCCAGGGGGCGGCAUGUGUCAGCUGCGCCCCACCUUGCUGGAGUACGGCCGGUUUGGCUAUCUGGAAGGCCAGGAGUAUCGCAUGUACAAUACCUAUGACGUCCACUUCUACGCGUCCUUCGCCCUCGUCAUGCUCUGGCCCAAGCUGGAGCUCAGCCUGCAGUACGACAUGGCUCUGGCCGCCCUCGGGGAGGACCUGACCGAGCGACGGUACCUGAUGAGUGGGGUGGUAGCCCCUGUGAAGACGAAGAACGUUAUCCCCCAUGACAUAGGGGACCCAGAUGACGAGCCGUGGCUCCGGGUCAAUGCGUAUCUGAUCCAUGACACCGCUGACUGGAAGGACCUGAACCUGAAGUUCGUGCUUCAGAUUUACCGGGACUAUUACCUGACCAGUGACCGGGGCUUCCUGACGGACAUGUGGCCCGUGUGUCUGGCCGUGAUGGAGUCUGAGAUGAAGUUUGACAAGGACCAAGAUGGGCUCAUUGAGAACGGAGGCUAUGCAGACCAGACCUAUGAUGGAUGGAUUGCCACAGGCCCCAGUGCAUACUGUGGGGGACUGUGGCUGGCAGCCGUGGCUGUGAUGGUCCAGAUGGCCGCUCUGUGUGGGGCACAGGACAUCCAGGACAAAUUCUCCUCCAUCCUUAGCCGGGGCCGAGAGGCCUUUGAGAGACUGCUGUGGAAUGGCCGCUAUUACAACUACGACUGCAGCUCUCAGCCUCAGUCCUGCAGCAUCAUGUCUGACCAGUGUGCUGGGCAGUGGUUCCUGAGGGCCUGUGGCCUAGGGGAUGGAGACACUGAGGUGUUUCCUACCUCACACAUCGUCUGCGCUCUUCAGACCAUCUUCGAGCUCAAUGUCAAGGCCUUUGCAGGCGGUGCCAUGGGCGCUGUGAAUGGCAUGCGGCCACAGGGUGUCCCAGACAGGUCCAGUGUACAGUCGGACGAGGUCUGGGUGGGCGUGGUCUACAGUCUGGCGGCCACCAUGAUCCAGGAGGGCCUGACCUGGGAGGGGUUCCGGACAGCGGAAGGCUGUUACCGCACCGUGUGGGAGCGCCUGGGCCUGGCCUUCCAGACUCCCGAGGCAUACUGCCAGCAGCAGGUGUUCCGCUCGCUCGCCUACAUGCGACCCCUGAGCAUCUGGGCAAUGCAGCUGGCCCUGCAACAGCAGCAGCACAAAGCCAAACACAGGGCGAAGAGCACAGGACUAAGCACAGCGCCGGAAUUAGGACCAAAGGAAGUUACAGCCAGCCUGAGCCCGGAAUGAGCCCUCUGAACUGUGGGAAGGGCGUGCUGACAGCCCAGCCUCUAGCCUACCCUUCCCUCCACCCGAGUCUCCUGCGACCCUGAGCCACCAGGACAAUCAGAGCCCCUCCAGUCUCCCCACCCACCUGCGCCAGUAAAGAGGGAUGAGGGUGACCCUGGCAUCGGAUUCACUUAUUUAUUUCCCACCCCACCCCACCCUGCCCCACCGCAUGAAAUAUUCAAGGAGGUCAGUUGAUUUCCCCAGGCCCAUGCACGGGGUGAGAGACAGACACGGAUACAAAUAAAAGACCCAGAAAGCAA